CCCGGCCCGAUCUUGCAAGGUUCCGCGCUCUCCCCCUCCCGUCAUCGCCGCCGCCGCCCUUUCAUCUCAGGCCGCAACAUUCGAUCGCGGCGCGCGACGUUCCACCCCGCCUUCCCCCGCCCGCCGCAACGUUCUAUCCCCUCCCCCUCCCCGCUCGGGCUGUUGCAACGUUCCAUCCGCCGAACGAAGGACUCCCGGGCAGGCCGCGCGCGCGCCGUCCGUCCCCAGCCCCCCCCCCCGCCCCGGCUGCAGCCGCCCCCUCCUCCGGGCUGGGGCGCCUCACGUGUCCCGGGUUCCCGGUUGGGAAGGAAGGAGGGGAGGGAGAGGAUCUCUCGCUCGCUCGCUCUCUCCUCCUCACAUGACCCGAGUGUUUGUCCCCGUGAUCAGCGCCUCGGCUCCCGUGUCUCCUCCGCGUCCCCUCUGCCUCCAUCCGGCGUGAGAUUUGCAGCUCGGCCCCCUCUCUCCUUUCUCCCCCCCCCCACCCCUCCCUUCCCCCUGGUCGCGGCAAGGGCGCUUUCUUCCCCCCCUCUCCCCCUCCCUUCCCCCUCUCCCUUCCCCCCUUCCCUCUCCCCCCAUGGACAUGCUGGAUCCCGGCCUGGACACAGCCACUGCCUCUGCUGCUUCCAGCCACGAGAAAGCUCAAGAAGGAGAAGAGGGAGUCGAACUUCAGGAAGGAGACGGCACUAACGCGGAUGAGCAGACUGCAGUGGCUAUCGCCAGUGUCCAGCAAGCAGCCUUCACAGAUCAUAAUAUCCAAUACCAGUUCCGCACAGAGAACAAUGGAGGACAGGUAACAUACAGAGUAGUCCAGGUGACGGACAGUCAGCUGGACGGACAGACCGACGCAUCAGGAGCGGUCAGCGUAGUCUCGACGGCGGCAUUUGCUAGUGGCCAGCAGGCUGUUGCGCAGGGGGGAGCAAUGGAGGUGGUUACAGGAGUCCCCCCGCCCUCAGUGGGCACCUCAAAAUCCUAUUAUUACCCCAUCUCUCCUUUUAGUACCCCUUCCCCCUCAGGAUGGAAAAUGGACGGGACACGAACGCCACGAGAUGAGAGGAGAAGAGCACAGCACAAUGAAGUGGAGCGGAGGAGGCGGGACAAGAUCAACAAUUGGAUCGUCCAGCUGUCAAAAAUCAUUCCAGACUGCAAUACAGACAACAGCAAGACGGGAGCGAGCAAAGGGGGCAUCCUUUCCAAAGCCUGCGACUACAUCCGGGAGCUGCGCCAGACGAACCAGCGCAUGCAGGAGACCUUCAAAGAAGCCGAGAGGCUGCAGAUGGAUAAUGACUUACUACGGCAGCAGAUUGAAGAGCUGAAGAAUGAAAAUGCACUUCUGAGAGCCCAGCUGCAGCAGCAUGGGAUCGAGAUCAUGGGAGACACCCCGGGGCAGUAACCCACCCACCCACACACACACACACACACUGCCUCUCCAUUCAGGAGUACAACCUCCACUUCGACUGUCCCUUUUGUAUAGCGCAAAGAGACCCUUUCCCCCUCUUCCGAGCGAACCUCAUCUCAGCCCUCAGAUGCGGGGAUGUUAGAGAGGUGGGGAGAAUUGGGGGAGGGGAGGAGAAAGUCUGACCAUGUGACGUAUUAGCCACACCAGUCCAGCCCCUCCUGUUCUUGUGAAAGGGUCCUCCAAACGUCCUUGUCCUUUUUCUUUCCUAACUUUUUCUCCCCGCUGCCCCCUUUCUCAUCCUUUCCUAAGGAUAUGUUAAGAUAAAAGAGGCAAAAGCUGCAGUUUUUUUUUUUACGGUAGAUUUUUAACACAGAUUAGCCAACUUCCAUUCCUACUCUGCUAGAUCUCCGGGGUGAGGACACGUCCCGGUAGACUCAGCCAUUCAAGCUAUCCGGGUGCAUCUUCUCUUGUCCCUGGCCUUUCGGAGUUUGCGGGUGAAUUUGGCGAGGAAGGGUCUCGGGCACAACCUGUGACUCGCUUCCCUUGUGCGAGGCGCACAUGCGCAAAACAAGCGCUGCUUGUGCAAGGGCUCGGGGGCACUGCUGUGUCCAUCCUGUGUGUUAGCCUGCAAGCAGCCUUUAUUGUGCAAAAUUCAGCUACUGUUCCAUCACGGGCAGGACUGGUCGGUUGUGACUGAGACAUCAUUCACGCCAGCAGGAGAGAGAAUCGGCACAGUGCUGAGAUGGUCAGUUGGACAGCAGCAUGGCAGACUGCAAAUGGAGAAUUCCAGUCUUCACAUAAGAAUUCUGCGCCAGAUGAAAGCUAGCACCACAGUGAGAAAGCUGCUUCCCCUUAGGAUGUUGUGGGUUUUCCGGGUUGCAUGGCCCGAAAACCCACAACAUCCUAGUGAUUCCGGCCGUGAAAGCCUUUGACAAUACUUCUUCCCCUUCUUUACUGCCUAUGCUAGCUUCCAGAUUUCAGGGAGUUUUUGACAUAGGUGAACAUAGCAGCAACUGAUCCUCCAACCAAGUGGUGCAGUCUAUUCUUUUUGUCUUAAGCCCAUCUUAUUCUGUUGUGUGUGGAGACUGGUAGGCCUGAAGCAGGAGAACGAGGCAGUAGAAUAGGCUGCCCAACUUGAGAUCGCACGUGAAGGACCGUGUUUUGGAAUGCUUCUCCCUGCAAGUAGAAAACCAGUGAACAGCAUACCUGCCGUGUUUGUUUUCUGCUUGCAGGGAGUUUUUCAUGCAAAGGCAACACCCAAGAAUUGGAAUUCUCCCCUACUUAUCUGAAGCAGCCCAUUCCCUUCUGCUGUCUCAAUGCCACCUCAUUCCUCUGCAUGUGUGAACCUGGUCUGGCCCUUUUCUUCUUCUUCUCAAGUAGAUUUUGCUGGAUUGUGCUUCUGAGGGCUCAAAUACACAGCAGUUUCUUCCACCUUAAACACCUUAUAUAACUUCUUCAAAUUUAGGUGCCAGGACAGCUUUAUUAAACUGGAGAAUGGCUAGGUAAAGGCAGACUUUUAACCCUUUCCUCCUGUUAAGCUUCUCACUUGAAGAAACUGCUUCUAAGCAGAGGGGGGGGGGGAAAUACAGGUGUAAGUUUGCUUUUCCUCCAGUUUGGAAAAAAAUGGAUGUACUUGUAUUUGUUUUUCCCCACAAUGAGGGUAAAAGCAGUUCCAGGACAGUUUUCCCACGAGAAAGCGGAAGCAGGGAAAGGGUUAAGAAAUUUCUCCUCACCCCCCCUUAUGCUUAAUAAAGCAAUCCCGGAGGGUUCCUUUGCAGAAAUAGAAAGGUCAAAAUAAUCUGAGUCCUUCAUUGUGCCCCCCCCCCGCCCCCCCAAUUCAAACCACUCUGCUAUCACACAGGUUUCCCAGAUUUUGUAAUGGAAAGCAAUCUCCCAGCCUGCUUCUGUCUCCUCUCUCUUGUUUUUGUUUAAUUAGUUUUGGGGCGGGUUUUUGUAUAGAGGUACGUUGUUUGUAUGAUAGCUGAAACCCAAGCGAAUUAGAGAAAAUUUUAGUGGUGGAUUGAAUUGACAACAGGGAUGCUUUGUGUCUUUAUUAUUAUUAUUUUUGGUUGUGUUUUUGAUAUUAUAUAAUUUUUUUAAUUAAACUUCAGCAGUGUUUUAGGACUUCAGGUUUAAAAAAAAAAAAUCCCGCGAUCCAUUUUUAAAAGAAAUAAUUGCCUAUAUUUGGGGGUGGGAUGGAUGCUCUUUCCUCCCUUUCAAGCAGAUUUUUUUUUAAGGACGAAAAUGGCUCUUAGGCAAAUAUUGUAAUAUAGCAAGUUUCUUAGGUUUGUUUUUUUAUAUAUAUGCAUAAAUCUAUAUAUCAGAUCCCCCCCCCCCCCCCGGAAAAAAAACAGGAUUGCAGCUGGAAUUGUGGAAAUAUUUGUAUCGUCGGGAUCCGCUUUAACUCCAGUGACUGCGAGGCGGAAGGGGAGAGAUUUCAAAAUCACGGGAAAGAAAAGCAAAAAAAAAAAAAAUGGUUUUGUCACAAAUGAAGAUAUGGGUUGGCUUGAAGAAUUUUGAUUGUUGGAAAGUAGGAAAUAAUUCUGUUUAUAUAUAAAAGAGGAAAAAAAAACCUGCACAGAAAUAA